CCGGGAAAAGGAACUAUGUUGGUGUUGGGUUCUCUUACCCAAAUCAAGCUCCCUCCACCAAUACCAACCACCUCUUGUUCUUCCUCAAAUCGUUCCGAGAAGGCCCUUGUCACAAAACGAAGAUCUCUACUGCUUUGCCCAGCUGCUGUGGUGGCAUCCUUGCUCCAUUUCUAUAACCCCAUUUCAUCACAACCUUCAGCAAUUGCUCAGCAGCAGCUGCAAGAUGAGCUUCAGCGAGAAGAAGACCGUGCUGUGAAUCUCUUUCAGAAAACUUCUCCAUCAGUGGUUUACAUUAAAGACAUUGAAAUUGAUAAAAGCCUCAAAGGUUCUCCUAAUGCAGUCUCACAAAGUGAGGAUGAUAGUGCUAAGGUUGAAGGAACAGGUUCUGGCUUCAUUUGGGAUAAGUUUGGUCACAUUGUCACAAAUUACCAUGUUGUAGCUAAAUUGGCUACAGAUCAAACCGGAUUACAGCGUUGUAAGGUUUAUAUGGUUGAUGCAAGGGGCAAUGGUUUUAGCAGUGAAGGCAAGAUUGUUGGUUUAGAUGCAUCUCGUGAUCUGGCUGUUCUUAAGGUUAAUAUUGAAGGGCAUGAGCUUAAACCUGUUGUUCUUGGUACAUCUAGUGAUUUGCGUGUGGGUCAGACAUGCUUCGCCAUUGGAAAUCCAUAUGGAUAUGAGAAUACACUAACAACUGGGGUUGUCAGUGGACUAGGCAGGGAGAUACCGUCACCAGAUGGAAAUACCAUUAAAGGAGCUAUUCAAACUGACGCUGCUAUUAAUGCAGGGAAUUCAGGCGGGCCAUUGAUCGAUUCAUAUGGUCAUGUUAUUGGAGUUAACACAUCAACAUUCACUCGCAAAGGGUCAGGAACAUCAUCUGGUGUUAACUUUGCAAUACCAAUAGAUUCUGUUGUGCGAACUGUACCUUACCUUAUUGUAUACGGAACACCUUAUAGUAAUAGGUUUUGAUCAAUGCUUCCACAGUGAUGUAUCCAAAGUAGUCGUGAUACCAUUUGUAAAUGUCAAUUGGAACCCUAUUUCUAAAUGAAUAUUGAUUGAUCUACUUGUG